UUCACGAGAGAUGAAAAAGAAAUAUAAUUGGGCCUUAAAGGCCUAUGAUUAUGAAGCCCAUAUACUUGGGCCGGUUGUAAUGAUACUCAUCUGUUUCCAGUAUAAGUUGGCCAUGUGCUCAUUUGCACAAAACCCUAGCCGAUUUGCGCCGCGAGAUAUAUAUCUUCACCUUCUCUCGCAGGAAGCUCUGUAGUGGCAGUUUCAAUCGAAAACGAUGAAGUUCAACGUCGCGAAUCCUACCACUGGUUGCCAGAAGAAGCUCGAGAUCGACGAUGACCAAAAGCUCCGUGCUUUUUACGACAAGAGGCUCUCUCAGGAAGUUAGCGGUGAUGCUUUGGGCGAGGAGUUCAAGGGGUACGUUUUCAAGAUCAUGGGAGGUUGCGACAAGCAAGGUUUCCCAAUGAAACAGGGAGUUCUCACCCCUGGUCGUGUCCGCCUUUUGCUUCACCGAGGUACUCCUUGUUUCAGAGGACACGGAAGGAGGACUGGUGAGAGGAGAAGAAAGUCUGUCCGUGGUUGCAUUGUCAGCCAAGAUCUCUCGGUUCUUAACCUUGUCAUUGUCAAGAAGGGUGAGAAGGAUCUUCCCGGGCUUACCGACACCGAGAAGCCAAGGAUGAGAGGUCCCAAGAGAGCUUCCAAGAUCCGCAAGCUGUUCAACCUUGGAAAGGAUGAUGAUGUCAGGAAGUAUGUCAACACUUACCGCCGCAAAUUCACUAACAAGAAAGGUAAGGAAGUGAGCAAAGCCCCCAAGAUCCAGAGGCUUGUGACUCCUUUGACACUUCAGAGGAAGAGAGCUAGAAUUGCUGACAAGAAAAAGAGAAUCGCCAAGGCUAACGCUGACGCAGCUGAUUACCAGAAGCUUCUUGCCUCCAGGCUCAAGGAGCAGCGUGAUCGCCGUAGUGAAAGUUUGGCCAAGAAGAGGUCUAGGCUCUCUUCUGCUGCCGCUAAGCCCGUUGCUGCUUAAAACCAUUUUCAAAUAUCAAGAGACUUCCUUCUCUCUAGUCUGUUUCUCGUCGUAUUUGGACAUGUAAACGCCGUUUGAACGUCUAUCUUUUUUGGUUUCUGCUUUGUGUUAGCUCUUAAACCUUCUAUCAUAUCAAAGUUUUGAACUUGUUUGCUA